CAAGCGCAGUUCCGCUUCCGCUUCCGGGAUCCCGCUUGUUAUUAGAAAGUUUGCGGCAUCGGCGAGCCUUCUGGCCGAUAUUUGGGACUCAGGGUUCACCGAACGAAUUCUGCUGCAGCCAUGGCGGCCUCCACCGCGGCCGGGAAGCAGAGAAUUCCCAAAGUGGCCAAGGUGAAAAACAAAGCCCCAGCUGAGGUACAGAUCACUGCGGAACAGCUUUUAAGAGAAGCUAAAGAAAGAGAACUUGAGCUUCUUCCACCUCCACCUCAACAGAAGAUCACAGAUGAAGAAGAGUUAAAUGAUUACAAACUAAGGAAAAGGAAGACUUUUGAAGAUAACAUAAGGAAAAACAGGACUGUGAUUAGUAACUGGAUAAAAUACGCACAAUGGGAAGAGAGUCUAAAGGAGAUUCAAAGGGCUCGAUCCAUAUACGAACGUGCUUUAGAUGUGGACUAUCGAAAUAUUACACUCUGGCUGAAAUAUGCGGAAAUGGAAAUGAAGAAUCGCCAGGUCAACCAUGCCCGAAAUAUCUGGGACCGGGCCAUAACAACUCUGCCCCGAGUCAACCAGUUCUGGUACAAAUACACGUACAUGGAGGAGAUGCUGGGAAAUGUGGCUGGUGCCCGGCAGGUGUUUGAGCGCUGGAUGGAAUGGCAGCCUGAGGAGCAAGCCUGGCACUCCUACAUUAACUUUGAGCUGCGAUACAAAGAAGUGGAUCGGGCCCGCACCAUUUAUGAGAGAUUUGUACUUGUGCACCCUGAUGUUAAGAACUGGAUCAAGUAUGCCCGCUUUGAGGAAAAACAUGGUUAUUUUGCCCAUGCACGAAAAGUGUACGAGAGAGCUGUGGAAUUCUUUGGAGAUGAACAUAUGGAUGAACGCCUUUAUGUUGCCUUUGCCAAAUUUGAAGAAAAUCAGAAAGAAUUUGAAAGGGUACGAGUCAUAUACAAGUAUGCCCUGGAUAGAAUUUCAAAACAAGAGGCCCAAGAGCUCUUUAAAAAUUAUACCAUCUUUGAGAAGAAGUUUGGAGAUAGGCGGGGUAUUGAAGACAUCAUUGUGAGCAAACGGAGAUUCCAAUAUGAAGAAGAAGUGAAGGCUAAUCCACACAAUUAUGAUGCCUGGUUUGAUUACCUGCGGUUGGUGGAAAGUGAUGCAGAAGCAGAAACGGUACGAGAAGUCUAUGAAAGAGCUAUUGCCAAUGUCCCACCCAUUCAGGAGAAGAGACAUUGGAAGCGUUACAUCUAUCUUUGGGUCAACUAUGCACUCUAUGAAGAACUGGAGGCAAAGGAUCCUGAAAGGACAAGACAGGUGUAUCAAGCCUCUUUGGAACUAAUUCCUCAUAAAAAGUUCACAUUUGCCAAAAUGUGGCUACUAUAUGCACAAUUUGAAAUAAGACAGAAAAAUUUACCAUUUGCCCGAAGAGCUUUGGGGACUUCCAUAGGCAAAUGUCCAAAGAACAAGUUAUUUAAAGGUUACAUAGAAUUGGAGCUACAGCUUCGAGAAUUUGACAGAUGCCGGAAGCUUUAUGAAAAGUUCCUGGAAUUUGGACCUGAAAAUUGUACCUCUUGGAUUAAAUUUGCAGAAUUGGAAACAAUCCUUGGCGAUAUUGAGAGAGCCCGUGCAAUCUACGAGUUAGCCAUCAGCCAGCCACGCUUAGACAUGCCAGAGGUGCUCUGGAAAUCAUACAUUGAUUUUGAAAUUGAGCAGGAAGAAACUGAAAGAACACGCAAUCUUUACCGACGAUUGCUUCAACGGACACAACAUGUCAAGGUAUGGAUCAGUUUUGCACAGUUUGAGUUGUCUUCAGGGAAAGAAGGAAGUUUGCCUAAAUGCAGACAAAUUUAUGAAGAGGCUAACAAAACCAUGCGAAACUGUGAGGAAAAGGAAGAGAGACUUAUGUUGCUGGAAUCUUGGAGAAGCUUUGAAGAUGAAUUUGGAACUACGUCAGAUAAGGAAAGAGUAGACAAACUCAUGCCAGAGAAAGUCAAAAAGAGAAGAAAGGUCCAGGCUGAUGAUGGGUCUGAUGCAGGCUGGGAAGAAUACUAUGAUUACAUCUUUCCGGAAGAUGCUGCCAACCAACCGAAUCUCAAGCUCCUGGCCAUGGCCAAACUUUGGAAGAAACAGCAACAGGAAAAGGAGGCUGCCAAGCAAGACCCGGAUAAGGACAUUGAUGAGAGUGAAUCCUGAUCCUGUUCAUACUGAUGUUUUAUUAUUUUUAUAAAUUAAGUUUGGAACUCUGUGACUCCUGUAAGUUUUUAUAUAUUUCACCAGUAAUGAAGUGAUUGAAAUCUUUGGCAGCUAUUUUUUUAGUUCUUUUAAAAAUGCUCUUGGGCUAGUUAGGUGGGUGGGGGUUGUGAGUAAAGGAAUUUCUUUUUUAACUGCUGGAUUUCUUUGAUGGAAUCCAAACAUUUUUUAUCCACAUGAUGCAUUAGGAAAUCUAAUUGAGGUAACAUUUAGCAUUGAUUUUAGAUGAAAUGCAGGCCUUUGAAAGAAUCUUUUUCUAGAAGUUUUCAAGUUACAUUCUAUAGUAACUGUUAAGGUGUAGUUUUUUCAUGCCUUUUUCAUAAAGAUAUUUUAUGCGUUCAUCUGAAGUCUUUAACUUUUUCAUGUCUUCUGUCACACUAACUUAAUUCUAUUGCCAGCUGUGCCACUUAGUGAUAUAUAACAACCUUUAUUUUCAUUUCUUCACUCAUAAGAUGGGCUAAUACUUGCCAACUCAUUUUGAAGAUUAAAUACGGACCAUACCUAAUGCAUAGUAAGUGCUCAAUAAAAUGUUCAUUCCUGGCCACUUGCUUAAAUAUGUGCCACUUGCUUAAAUAUGUUCAUUCCUUAUAGAAUUGAAUGUGCUUGGAUUAAUUUAACUUCUAAAAUCCUUACUUUCAUGGCCAUUUAUGCUAAGUACUUUUCAAAACAUUAAUUGGAAAAUAAUUUACAGUGACUAUAUUUCUAAAUGAUCUUUUUUAUCAAGAACAUAUUAGUCAAAUUCCAGUUAUGCCCUAAUCAAUUUCCCGGACUGGUUGAACUCUGUAAUGGCUUGUUUAAAAAACAGUAAUAGGUGUGCCAUGAAAAACAAUAUCCCAUGCUCAAGUUUGGGAAACCCUAGAUUAAGGGUUAAGCCUUAUUAACUAAAUCUCUUUAUAGGCUGCUCAGAGCCUUUGAUAUGCUACCAUAUAUAUAUGAAUUAACAGCAACAAUGCUGGCAUGUUCCCCAAACUCGCUGGACGAGGGAGUCAUUUCUACCUAGAGUACCAGUAAGUAUCUCUCAGUGUCCUACUAAGCUCAAUGAAACUUAAUAGCACAAGGAGAAUAAUAAUAGCAUUUGGAUAAUACAUUGCUCACAUUCUCAAGCAAAAAAUAAUUGCCUUAAUUGAUCUGAAAUUGUUUCCUUUAACUUGGCGUAUAUUUCUUAAGCCUAUCUUUUUUUGCUCUGUUGACUGCCCAGGUUAUAGAACUAUUUAUCUCUAAGACUGUUUUUCACUUAUAAGGACCAUUAGCAAAUUUAUUAUCUGCAAAUUUAUUAUUAAGUUUGCAAAUAUGUUACCCACAGGAAUAAAAGCUAGUUAAUGUUAUUAAAUUGUAUCUUGAAAAUAAGGUAGCUUGUGAUUUUUUAAGGGCAGAAUAAAAUAGGACUAUUAGGAUAAAAGGCAACUGUUUUCAGUCUCACUGGUUCAUUGGACCAGUAUCAGCUGUUGGGUAUCAGGUUCUGACUAUUGAGUAGUGAGGUCUGCCUAGUCAGUGAGGAGUAUUUGUGAUUUUAAUAUCCUUUGGCAAAGUGCGCUGUGUCAAAGGGUGAGAUGAAAACAAGCCAAAAUGCUAAUAAAAGUGACUGAUCAUAGAGUCCUGCUAAAAUUAUGUUUAUGUUGCAUGUAUGCAUAAGAAAAAAAAAAUCUGAUCAAUGCAAAGUCAACACUUCCUGGGAAGUACCAGAGUGUAAUGCAUGAAGGCAAAAGUUAUUCUCUAACGGUAGAACAUAAAGGAUUCAUUUCUUGUUCACUCUUUCAACGCUACCAAAGUAAGUCCUUUCAAAAGUAACAGCUUUUUAGUAAUCAUUUCUGUGGGAUUUUCUUUACUUCUUUUACUCCAUGUUUUCAAAUAUUACAGGUGAUGAAAACUACACAUGAAAGUAUGUUGUUGGUCUAUGAUCUAGUUACAUGGCCUUUAGGAUUUAGGUUCUUUUUCCCCUUUAAAUAAACCUCAACAUCUUUUUAUAAUUUGAAAGGCAUGACUUAAGCAAAAUAUAUAUGAGAAACGGAAAGGAUCUAGAACUAACAGUAUGAAAACAAUAACUGGGAAGAAUUUAUUUUGAAAUAAGGAAGCUUAAGUAUGCUGGUCAGAAACUGUUUCAAGUAUGCAUUUUAAAAAAUUUUUUUAUAUAAAUAAGCAUAUCCUAAAUGAUGCUUUCUCAAUCUUAAUUUAGUUUUACAAACUUCCAAAAAACAUUUAUAGAGUCAACAGUGCACUUUAUUAUACAUCUUAGAUUUAACAUUUCAUAUAUGGUUUUAAAGCUUCAAUCAAUAGUUCAAUAAAAAAUA